AUGUACGCAAGCUGGAUGGAUGAAAUCAUGCAGUUUGUGGUGAACAAAGUAUUCUGGUGGUAUUGGGGUACGGAGGCGGACACGGAGGAGCAGGAGGAAGAUGCGGUGUAUGAAAAUGCAGAGGAGAAUGAGGAGAGUGAAGAAGAUGGCGAGGAAUUCUAUGAUCCUGAGGUUCAAUAUGCGAACGUUAUGUGGACCCCUCAGGAGGUUGGUUCAGUGGUUGUAAUACCAGACAAUUUUGAGGUAUUCACCGAGCAGGCCAACGGGGCUUUAAUCGAGGAUGACCCUGAGCUUUGUACAGCACAGGAAUUUUGCGUCUUCCAGGAAGACGAGGACGCAACAGUCAUCGUUAACGAAGAGAUAAUGGAGGAAACCCCACAGCAGGUGGGGGUGAUUGUGGUCGAAGACAAUCCUCAUCUGCACUAUCCCACGGAAUGUCGGACAGCUGUGGAGACCUCCACCGUCAUCUCGACAACAGUAAGCCAUAAAGAACAACACAAAAUGGCGUUGGUCAGUGGUACGUGA